AUGUGGACUAUCACCAGUAUUGACUGCCCAUUUACGCUUUGGUGUAGCGAUGGAAGGCCUAUGGACGAAGCUCGAGGAGGCUUCGGGGAAUCUUCGAGAAUUAUUGUCGAUCAGCAGGGGUUUCUCGAUAUCACACAGCUGAAUGUGAGGACCAGGGAAGAGUACGUUCUCAUCGACUCGGAUUUGAACUAUACAGAAGUGGGAAGCUCUCCCAGUGGCAUCGAUGCGAAUGGUGUGAAACUAUAUCACACGGACACCGAUGGAGAAGGAAAUUCUCUUGCUCUUUGCCUUGGGGUAUAUGCUGAAAGAACAUUCACUCUAAGUGUUGAAAGCAACAUCGGGAACUCGAACACCGUCAGAGGACAAAUCAAGCCGUUGCCACAAAUAUCAACAGCUGACGUCGCGUACAUUGAUUCCAUGAUUGCUACAAAUCUCAUUCCCUACGCGGAAAAUGAAGAAUACCCUGGAAAGAGCCACGAAGAAAUCCGCGCCUUGGGGAAGCGGCUCUUUCCAUUUACUCCUCACAGCUUCGAACUGGCCAUGGUGGUCUAUGACUGGACAACGCCAUCAUUUGCUCGCAUGGUAUUCUGGGAUAUGUUUCGAUAUAGCGGACUCGUCGUGGAGGGCAUUCCUGCAGUCGACUAUCCGAGCCUCGCCAGGGCAAUUUGGACGAGUAACUGGGGGUCCUAUACAUCGCAGAACGCAGAGUUCAUGGCGUCACUGCUGAUGAAACCCGCAUGGUCCCAGCUGGAAGUCGAGCUGCAGCUCCUGCGUGUACGCCAGAGGCUUAAAAAUGCUGUUGAGGUAGAGGACAGGCUUCUGGCUGCUGCCAUGCAGUCCCUACCACGGACGUCGAUACUGUCCAAGCCGCAGCUGUUUAGCGGCCAGCUCGAUAUGGAGCACUUGGAUAGGGACAAUUUUGGGAUAGAGUUUGUGGAAUGCCCUGGGAAUAAUGGUCCUAUCCAGCAGCCCUUGAAGGAUUGUUUGCAGACUGCCCUGGAUACAUACAUCGCCAAAGGGAGUACAGUCACGACCAAAGUGACCUGGAGUUUUACGGAUAACCUACACGGUGCAAUGCACUAUUCUAACGGAAUUGUUCUGGUAUUGAAUCCGUCAUACGGAUCUCGGGUUUGGGAUACAGCGUCCUAUGUGACGCCGCUGUCAAACGAUCCGAAGAAGAUAGAAUAUACGACUCCCCCAGGGAGUAGAUUUCUCAUACAGUCUGUGGAGCAUGCCGAUUAUCAGGACCGCAAAUUGCUCGUCCUCACACUCUGUCCUAUAUUGAAUCCCGAGGGUACGGUGGAGUCGCACAGCGAUCACGAUAUCGAGGAGGUAUUACCACCAGCACCUGAAGAGGGCGAUGUGGUCGAUUUGAUUGAGAUGUCUAUGCCUGCUCUGGGGAUUCCACAUACACCGGGCAGGACUUCAGGGCGGCGAUGCAGCUGCAUGGUUUAA